AUGGGACCCAAGGCGAAGAAAGGCGCUUCCAACGACCGGCAGCGGGCUGCGGAGGAAGAAGUCGAGGAUCCUCUCCAGGCUGUGAUACUCGCUGAUCCCUUCGAGACGCGCUUCCACCCAUUUACCCUCGAACGUCCCCGGUGUCUUCUCCCUCUCGCAAACACCCCGCUCAUUGAAUACACCUUCGAGUUCCUCGCCAACGCAGGCGUGCAGGAGGUCUUUGUGUGUUGCGGUGCCCAAACCGACCUCGUCGAGGAGUACAUCCAAAACUCGAAGUGGUAUUCGCCGUCGUCGCCAUUUUCCAAAGUCGAGCUCGUGCGGUCAGCCUCCCACACGAUCGGUGAUGCCAUGCGUGAUCUCGACCAGCGCGCAUUCCUCGUAGGAGACUUCCUCGUAGUGUACGGCGAUGUCAUCAGCAACCUGCCGCUCGAAGCGGCGCUAGCGGCGCACAGAGCACGGCGAGCGAAGGACAAGAAUGCGAUCAUGACCAUGGUGUUGAGGGAAGCAGGCACAGCCCAUCGUACCAAGGCGCAGGAGGCGCGGCCGGUUUUCGUCGUUGAUCCGACCAAGGAUCGCUGCUUGCACUUCGAGCAAAUGCAUUCCAGAGAGCAUUCAGAGAAGCAUUUCGUCAGCAUCGCACCGGAUUUACUUGCCGAAAACACGGAGCUCGAGGUCCGCACCGAUCUGAUCGACUGCGGCAUCGACAUUUGCACUCCAGACGUCUUGGCGCUGUGGAGUGACAACUUCGAUUUCCAGGCUCCACGAAGGGGUUUCCUGCACAGCGUGCUGAAAGACUACGAGCUGCAUGGCAAGACAAUUCACACCCACAUUGUAGACGAUCACUAUGCGGCACGCGUCCGGAACCUCCAUGCGUACGACUCGGUAAGCCAGGACGUCAUUUCUCGGUGGGCCUACCCGCUCUGCCCGGACAGCAAUCUCCUGCGUGGCCAGACGUACAGAUUCCAGAAGGGCAAUAUCUACAAGGAAGACGGCGUCAUCUUGGCAAGGUCGUGCGUGGUGAAUCGCGGUACGGUCAUUGGCAAGGACAGCAGCAUUGGAGACGGCAGUGUCGUGUCGAACAGCAUAAUUGGCCGCAUGUGCUACAUUGGAAGAAACGUUACCAUUGAAGGAGCAUACAUUUGGGACCACGCAGUGAUUGGCGACAACACUGUCAUCAAGAAGGCCAUCGUUGCCAACGAAGCAAGCAUUGGCAAGAGAUGCACGAUCGAACCCGGGGCUCUUGUUUCAUACGGUGUGCGGAUAGCCGACGGUGUCACCAUCGAUGGUUCGAGUAGGAUUACCCGAGCGAAGAGGAAAAGGGAAGAAGGCGAGGAAGUCGAGAGAGCGGCGCCCGACUUCAAGGUUGUCGGCGAGAAGGGCGAUGGCAUCGAAUACGUGGAUCCCGACGAGGACGAUGUGGACGAGAUCGUCGAAGGUCUCGUCUCGAAGAAGUCUAUCUACAACCUUGGGCGCCUCUCUUUGUCUGUCGAGUCGAUUUCCACGCUCAAUUCGGAGUCAGACAUCUCGGAUGAAGGGCUGCACCACGACAGAUCGAGAGGAGGAAGCUUUGUCUCAAUCAACUCUGACACGUCGAGCCAUCAUGCUGCCAAUUUCGACCACGAAGCAGUCGACAGCAUGCUUGACUCAUUCCGCAAGGGCGAUGAUUCAGCAAACAUUCAGCUGGAGCUGGCGUCUCUCCGCAUGACGACCAACGCGUCAGAGCAUCAGGUGCGACGUGCACUUGUCAUAGCUCUGGUGCGGCGCAUAUGCGAGGUGGUCCAGGCCGGACAAGGCAUCAAGCAAGCCGCAGAGCAGGUUCUCAGCCCACACCAGAGCUUGAUCUCCCGGACCAUGUUCGACAAGGACACGUCGAGCAAAGUCGAUCAGGUCGACUUCCUGUUGCUGCUCCAAACGGAUCUGGUGCACCGCAACGACGGAGACAGCAUGCUGCUCCAUGCAUCGAUGAAGCUGUAUGAGAUGGACGUGCUGGAGGAGGAGGCGAUCCAGCAGUGGUGGUCGGACGCCAAGUCCAGCGAGAACGAGGGUCUGCAGAAGGUCAGAAGCAAGACGCAGCAGUUCAUCGACUUCCUGGCCCAGUCGGACGACGAGAGCAGCGAGGAGGAGGACGAGGACGAAGACGAAGACGAAGACGAAGACGAGUGA